GGGCUGAAAGCAGCUACUCGAGAUCGGCUUUUCUCCCCCUCCUUCUCCUCCUCCUUUUUCUCUCCUCCUCCUCCUUCUCUCCUCUUUCUUUCUGCCACAGCCACCCCCACCUCCCAACUCCUCGGCCGCUCUCGGGCCCCGACAAAGUUGCAAUAGCUGCCGCCCCUUUGCAGCCUUCUUCGCAAGGCAGGGAAAAGAGGUGGUGACGGGGUGGGGAGAAUCAGGACUUUGCAAAUACCCUGCGAGCAAGCCGGGAGCGAGCGAGCCAGCGAGCGCGAGCGAGAGCUUCAUCGUCCGACAGACAAAGACUUUGCAAAAGGCAAACAGCCCCCCCUCUCCGCCCCCAAACUGCUGUUCCGCUGCUGCCCUGCCGUGCCGGCGGGGCCGGGGCUGCCGCAGCCGCCGCUCCCCACAUUGCACUGCAGCGCCCCCGCCCCCUCCCUCCUUCUCUCCCUCUCCCCAGCUUCUUCCUCUGCCGCUCCGGGGCAGGAGCUGAAAGUUUCUCUGCGGGCGAGAGUGGAGGCGCCGAGCCUGGAGUGAGCUGCAGUCGGUAGAGUCGCCGGCGACCGAGAUGGCUGGAGAGCUGAGCAUCGGCCCAGAGCUGCCCACUAGCCCGCUGGCCAUGGAGUACGUGAAUGACUUCGACCUCAUGAAGUUCGAUGUUAAAAAGGAGCCCCUAAGCCGGGCUGAGCGUCCUGGACGUCACUGCACUCGCCUGCAGCCUGCGGGGUCGGUAUCGUCCACCCCCAUCAGCACUCCUUGCAGCUCGGUGCCCUCGUCGCCCAGCUUCAGCCCCACCGAGCAGAAGACGCACCUGGAAGACCUGUACUGGAUGGCCAACAGCUACCAGCAGAUGAACCCGGAGGCUCUCACUGACCCCGAGGAUGCGGUGGAGGCUCUGAUUGGCUCCCACCAGGUCCCCCAGCAGCUGCAGGGCUUCGAGAACUUCCGGGCCCACCACCAUCACCAUCACCAACAUCAGCACCACCACCACCAAUACCCUGGAGUCAGCCACGAAGACCUGGCCAACGGAGGGCACCCCCACCACCAUCAUCAUCACCACCAAGCGUCUCCCACCCCGUCGACCUCCUCCACUUCGUCCCAGCAGCUGCCCAAUAACCACCCGGCGGCGCACCCAGCCUCUAGCAGCGUGGAAGACCGCUUCUCCGACGACCAGCUGGUGUCCAUGUCGGUAAGGGAGCUGAACCGGCACCUGCGGGGCUUCACCAAGGACGAGGUGAUCCGUCUCAAGCAGAAGAGAAGGACCUUGAAGAACAGGGGCUACGCCCAGUCCUGCAGGUAUAAACGAGUCCAGCAGAAACACCACCUGGAAAACGAGAAGACCCAACUCAUCCAGCAGGUGGAACAGCUCAAGCAGGAGGUGUCCCGGCUGGCCCGCGAGAGAGAUGCUUACAAGCUGAAAUGCGAGAAACUUGCCAGCAAUGGCUUCAGGGAGGCCGGCUCCACUAGCGACAACCCCUCCUCUCCAGAGUUCUUCAUGUGAGUGCGAACCCCCUGCCCCAUCCCCCUCCCCACCCCUUUCCCAUCUCUGACAUCUCCAUCCAUCCUCCUGCUGGAAUAGAGAAACAGGAAAGGGGAGGGGGGAGUGAAGAUGAAAAAGUUGAGUGAAAAGGAACCCUUGGGUGGAGCAGCGUGCUCUCUCCAGCCUUCCUAGACUCGCAAUGGAAAAGUAGGGAGGGGAGGCACCGAGCUCAACUUUUCAGAAGGUAGGAAGGAGCCUCACGGCCUUAGGGAGAGAGGCACAGGACGAGGUGGUGAGGAAAGCGGUUUAUAAGUCGCUUGCUUCCUGAACUCUGUGGACUGAGAGAAGGGACAUUGACCAAGCCAUCCCUAAGAGCCCGACCGCUGGCGAGGAAAGAAAGGAAGGACCUUGCGAAUGAGCAGCCAGCGCCUCGCGCAGGACUUAACCUGCUGCUCAGGAUGGAAAAUACAAGAGGAGGGGAGAGAGACAGUAUGUGUAAGCGUGUUCAUAUAAUGCCUCCUUUGAGUACAGUGACCGAGGACUCAAAUGGGACGGUCAAUGCGAAAUAUCAUAAGUUUUGCCUGCUUGAUUAUAUAGAAAAAAAAAACACGAAAUCUGCAUCAAAAAUAUUAAUCCUGCAUGCUGGGACAGGUAUGGUAAUAACUUCUAUUUGUACCAUUUUCCUGUUUAACGUUAGCUAUGUUGUUGAUCACGGAUCAUCGCUUUUGGUUUGUUUUCUCUGGGUAGAGGUGUCGCAGUUCUAACCCUUGGACUGCUGGGCGGGCAGUGAUCUUUUCUGUUCUGGUUGUUAGCUUGUAAAGUAUCUGCCCCCAGGAAACCGCACAGAGGCGGCUCAGCAGGCUGCAGGCUGUGUCUGGGGUUUGGUUUUUUUAUUUUUUUUUUAAGUAAGA